AUGACGUCUGUAACGGGGUCGACCCCAUCUGACUAUAUGGAUUCAGAAAUUCCCAUUUUCCAGAUUCCUGAUGCGGUAUCAAUAGGCUCGAAUAUGCAGAACCCCGCCAAGAUGCCGCCCCAAGCGGAGUCCGACCCCGACGCCAAAUCCAGAGCCCAGCCUACUCAAGUUCGUUUCUCCUCUGUCAACCAGGAGAUCGAACCCUCCACGAUGCUGUCCCCUGUAUCGGAGAAGUCAUUGCCGGACCCUCAUUCCCUGGACCCGCAUGAGGAUGAUCUGCGCUCCUUGGCUAUCAGCUUGCAGAGAUCCCAGCUCCAGGAGUCUCGUCUACGCAAUUUCGCCUUCGAACCAAUGUCACUUCCGUCAUCAAGGGUUGCUUCUCGAGAAUCGAGCGAUCGAAGUGCUCGUGAUGGCACCAGCUCUUACGUCGCUUCCCCUCAUGCUUCUCCCCCCGUGUCCGCCGUUCAGUCACCUCCUCUGACCCCCGCAGUAACUCAAUCUCGAGAUGGGAGAGCUACCGACAGUGCAUCCGUGCUAGGUGCAGUUGCAAGAGGGAAUGUGCAGUCCAUCACCCCUGAGACAUCGCCUCCGGUCACAUCCGGGGACAAAAAUCUCACCUCAACGACACAUUCACCCCGGCCUUCCACCGACCGACUCUCUGCCAGGCCAAGCGGGACUUCAGAACCUGCACCUCAGGUCACCAUUCCGAAGCAUCGUGCCCAAUUCUUCAUUGGUAACGAUUCGCAAGAAGAGAGUCCACCUCCCACACCCCGAGACUCCCAUACCCCACCGGGCGCAAUUACCCCAGUCGGCGAGCCCAAUGACCCAUACGCCCGCAGCAAGCGACCCCCACCCCCAAAGAACCUGGGUCAGCUGGAUGCACGAUUUAUUUUUAACGGUCGAGACACCAAGCGAUCAUUUCGUCCAGGAACUCCUCGAUCAGCUAGCGCGAGCGAUAUCACCAAGUCCAACAAUGAAAAGCGCGGCGUCUUCGGUAAAGACAAGAGUGAUUCUAAGCACGGUCAUGGUCACCAUGGUUCGAUGUCAGAACUAAAGCGGUUCUUCAAGAUGGGCCACCGAAGCAAACGACCUGAUUCUCCAACGUCGGCUUCGAAAAGAUCAAGCCGCGGAUCCGGAAAAUCAACUCCUUACCAGAUGGCACCUGAUAAUGUUCCCUUUGCGGAUGAUCACGGGCUGGCAUCAAAGUAUGGUAAGAUGGGCAAGGUCCUGGGAUCUGGUGCUGGUGGCUCGGUUCGCCUGUUGAAGCGCAGCAGUGAUGGAGUCACAUUUGCCGUGAAACAGUUUCGAGAGCGUCAUAGCUGGGAAAGCUUGAAGGAGUACUCGAAGAAGGUCACUGCGGAGUUUUGUAUCGGUUCAACGCUUCACCACGGCAAUAUCAUUGAGACCCUCGAUAUCAUUCAGGAAGGCUCUCACUGGUACGAGGUGAUGGAGUACGCACCAUUCGAUCUGUUUGCAAUCGUCAUGACUGGCAAGAUGACCAAAGAGGAAAUUUCCUGUUCGUUCAAGCAGAUCCUCAGCGGUGUUGCUUACUUACACGGAAUGGGACUGGCUCAUCGUGACUUGAAGCUGGACAAUGUUGUGGUUAAUGACCGUGGAAUCAUGAAGCUCAUCGAUUUUGGAAGUGCCGUGGUCUUCCGAUACCCGUUCGAGAACGACAUCGUUUCAGCUUCAGGAAUUGUUGGUUCGGAUCCUUACCUGGCUCCUGAAGUAUACGACGAGAAGAAGUAUGAUCCUCGUCCGACAGAUGUUUGGUCGCUGGCGAUCAUCUUCUGUUGCAUGACCCUGCGUCGAUUCCCGUGGAAGCAGCCACGCACCACAGACAAUUCAUACCGUCUGUUUAUCUCUGCCCCAACACCUGGUACUCCCGUCCCCGAUGCGGAUCCCCGUCGUAAUCCUCGGCCCAAGUCCUCUCCCGAUCUUCCUUCUUCCGUCCAUGAACAAAAACAACUUCCCCCAACUUCCAAUCCAUCCGGUCAGCCCCAAUUACCUGCCAAGUCAACCCCGACAUCAGCAGGCGAGCAAAACGGAAAUCUUUCUCCCAACGUAGCGGAGCAAUCCGAAUUCCCAGCUCAGAAGCAAACCAGUCAGACCAGCACAGCUACUGCCGUCAACAAUGGUACUGCAAAUGACAAAACCACUCGCACGACCAGCAAAGAAGCCCCACCUCUUCCACCGGGAGCUCCACAGCCUGCUCCGCGCCAGGAAGUGAUCAAGGGCCCCUGGCGUCUUCUCCGCAUCCUACCGCGGGAAAGUAGAUACAUCAUUGGCCGGAUGUUAAAGGUUGACCCGAAGGAGCGAGCAACUCUAGACGAGGUUAUGGCCGAUGAAUGGGUAAGAGGCAUCGUCUCAUGUUACCAAGAAGGAACAGGCGAGAUCGUCAACGCCCCCAACCAUACCCACGUUCUUGAGCCUCCUUCUCAAUCUCCUGCCGUAGCCAGCAAAGGCGCCAAGGCAAAAUGA